AUGUCCUCCAAACCGUACUCCGCAUUCCCAGCCGAUGUCCUCGACAAUGAGAAGGGCGUCAGCGGUUGCCCCCCGCUUGACUCUCCCGAUGUCCUUCAAGGAGCCUCACGACCGUUAACACCUCGAGCAACCCAUCGGAAUCUCAAGCCUCGCCACAUCCAGCUGAUUGGUAUCGGAGGUACUAUUGGGACUACCCUUUUUGUUCAAAUAGGCCAAGGUCUACUAAAUGGUGGCCCAGGAAGUUUAUUCAUCGCCUUCAGUAUCUGGUGUACGUUUAUCCUCGCUGUCACAGUGUCCGUUGCUGAAAUGGUCUCCUACAUGCCCAUCUCCUCGCCAUUCAUUCGCUUCGCCGGUCGCUACGUCGAUGAGGCGUUUGGGUUUGCGGCAGGUUGGAACUUCUUCAUUUUUGAGGCCGCACUUGUGCCGUUUGAAGUCGUGGCCUGUAACCUCGUUAUUCACUUCUGGAGUGAAGCAGUACCCGUUGGCGCAAUCAUAGCCAUCAUAAUCGUUCUAUAUGCUGCUGAGUUCUGGUCCGCCCUUGGCAAGUUCUUUCUCAUUGUCGGGCUGAUAGUUUUCACUUUCAUCGUUAUGCUCGGGGGAAAUCCGCAAGGAGAUCGCUUCGGCUUCCGGUACUGGAACGAACCGGGCGCCUUCGCUGAGUUGUAUUACCAGGGAAAUCUUGGCAAGUUCCUCGGCUUUCUACAAUGCCUUAUCCAAGCGUCCUUCACCAUUGCAGGGCCUGAUUACGUAUCCAUGGCCGCAGGGGAGGCCCAAAAUCCUCGGGUGACAAUGCCCCGAGCAUUCAACACCGUCUUCUACCGAUUGACUACCUUCUUUGUCCUGGGAUCGCUCUGCGUCGGGGUUCUCGUCCCCUACAACGACCCAGAAUUGACAGCUGCUCUCGGAAGCGGCGAGGCCGGAGCUGCCGCUUCACCUUAUGUGGUAGCCAUGAACCGACUCGGUGUCGGGGUUCUCCCUCACAUUGUCAACGCUCUAGUUCUCACAGCAGCCUUUUCGGCCGGAAACUCCUUUGUCUACUGCGCUUCUCGCUCACUCUACGGUCUCGCACUGGAAGGCAAGGCCCCGCGAUGCUUCACCAGAUGUACCAAGAAGGGCGUGCCAAUCUUUUGCGUCGCGCUCGUCCUCCUCAUCGCGCUCAUCUCGUUCCUCCAGCUUUCAUCGAGCACAGCCGUGGUGCUUAACUGGCUCGUCUCCCUGGUGACCGCCUCACAGCUCAUCAAUUUUAGCUGCAUGUGCGCGACCUAUCUCUGCUUCUACCGUGCAUUCAAGGCCCAGGGUAUGAGCCGCGAUACUCUGCCGUACAAGAGCAUUCUCCAGCCGUAUGCGGCUUGGUAUGGGCUCGUGGGUACGUUUGUUAUGACAUUUGUCGGGGGGUACUCUGUCUUCCUGCCCCUGGAGGGACAGUGGCAGGUCUCUAAUUUCCUGUUCUCGUACACUAUGGUUGCUGUGUGUCCGAUUCUUUACGUCGGAUGGAAACUCGCUCACAAGACGAAGAUCAUGAAUUCCAGUGAGGUGGACCUGAGGCAAGGCUUGGAUUUGAUUGAAGAAGAUGAGCGCAACUAUAUUCCUCAGCCAGCGACGUAAGAUACGACCUUGCACCGCACAGAGGGUUUUGGGGGGCUAACUUGUGCUUGCAGAGGUAUCUUUGAG